AUGGAAAGAGGGACGAACAACGGGCAAUCACUCUGGCACUCUCAGUCGCCCAAAACUCCGACCACCAUGCUCGAUCGCGCGCUCUCCUCUCGCCGUCCUCACUCCGACGCCGAUCUCUCCGAUUCCGGCGAAUCCGGCACCGACGAAUCCAAAACCAAGCGGCCUCACAUCUACCUCCUCGCCUCCAAUUUCCUAUCUCGGAUCGGACACCAGUGGUGGCCUUUCCUCAUCCUCGCUCUCCUCUUGCUCGUUCUCCUCUUCCUCACCUCCUUGGCUUUCCAUUCUAGCAGCUUCGUCUGCAUCUCCCGCUUCGAUCCCGCCGCUCGGAUCGGGUUCUUCGGUCUCGACGGCCUCGAAUCGGACUUUGGAUCCCUAGGUGUUCCUUGGUGCAGACCGAAACAUGGAAAAGAAGUUGAGUGGACCUCCAAGGAUCUACUCAAGGCUCUAGAAGAGUUCGUGCCGAUAUACGAGACACGGCCGAUAAAGAACAACAUGCAUGGAAUGGGUUUUGAUCACAGCUUCGGGCUAUGGUUCAUGGCUCGUUGGCUAAAGCCAGAGCUGAUGAUUGAGAGUGGUGCUUUCAAGGGACAUUCCACUUGGGUUAUGCGGCAGGCGAUGCCUGACACACCGAUCAUCUCAAUAACGCCGAGACACCCCGAGAAGUACCUGAUAAAGGGACCUGCUUAUGUAGAUGGAAACUGCACCUACUUUGCAGGCAAAGAUUUUGUUGAUUUCGGAAGUGUUGAUUGGAAGACUGUGUUGAGAAAACAAGGAGUAACAGAUAUGAGCCGCGUCGUUGUCUUCUUCGAUGACCAUCAGAACGAACUCAAAAGGCUAAAGCAGGCACUGAAGGCUGGUUUCCAACACCUCAUUUUCGAGGAUAACUACGAUACAGGAACCGGAGAUCACUAUUCCCUGAGACAGAUAUGCGAUCAGUCGUAUAUAAAAGGAGGUGGACACAGCUGCUUCAAAGACAGCGACGAAGCGAGGAUGAGAUCAAAGAGGGAGAAGUUCUGGGAAAAAGCAGUUGAUACAGAGGAACUUUGCGGACCAGGUGAAACGUGGUGGGGGGUCAGAGGAGAGAUGAGAGACGAUUUCAACCACACCAACACACCGAUCUCAUACAAUCAGCAUUUUCAGAACAGCCGGUUCGUUGAGUCGGUUCUUGAUGUGUACUGGGAGCUACCUCCGGUUGCAGGACCUUCGCUGACGCAUCAGUCGCGGUAUGACCCUGCUCGUUCGACACCACCGAUAGUGGCGGAUGGCAAGCGCCGGAUGUUCCAACGGAUCGGUUUAGGUCGGCUUGAUCAGUCGGUGUUCAAUGGGUAUACUCAGAUGGUUUACGUUCAGGUAUCCAAGCCCGGUUCAUAG